ACGCCCCUCCUCCGCAUCCGCGCUGGGGAGCAGAGGGUCCAGACUGAAUGGGCACGAGCGGGUUGCUGGGGGCGGGCGGGUUCGCUGGGCCCGGGGCUGGCUGUCGGUCGGCGCCCCCUCCCUAGUAUGCGGAUGAAGGAGGCAGGCGGCGUGGAGCGGCGUCCUCUGCAGCCGCGAACCAAGGCGGUGGCGGCGGCACCUGCCGGCCGAGCAAUGCCAAGUGAGUAUCACUGUGUGAAACUGAGAAGCGAUUGCUCAAAACCCUCCCUGCAAUGGUACACCCGAGCUCAAAACAAGAUGAGAAGACCGAGCUUGUUGUUAAAAGAUGUUUUGAAGUGUAUAUUGCUUGUGUUUGGAGUGUGGAUCCUUUAUAUCCUCAAGUUAAAUUAUACUACUGAAGAAUGUGAUAUGAAAAAAAUGCAUUAUGUGGACCCUGACCGCGUAAAGAGAGCUCAGAAAUACGCUCAGCAAGUCUUGCAAAAGGAAUGCCGACCCAAGUUCGCCAAGAAGUCCAUGGCGCGGUUAUUCGGGCACAGGUACAGCGUGGACUUGCCGCCUUUCGUGAAGAAAACCCCCGACGUGAACGAGGCCGAGUACAAGUACGACCCUCCUUUUGGGUUCCGGAAGUUCUCCAGUAAAGUCCAGGACCUCUUGGCAGUGCUGCCUGAGCACGACGUCCCCGAACACUUGAAAGCGAGGAGUUGCAGGCGCUGUGUGGUUGUCGGAAGCGGCGGAAUACUCCACGGAUUAGAGCUGGGCCAUGCCCUCAACCAGUUCGACAUCGUGAUAAGGUUAAACAGUGCACCAGUCGAGGGAUAUUCAGAGCAUGUUGGAAAUAAAACUACUAUAAGGAUGACUUACCCGGAAGGCGCCCCCCUGUCUGACUUUGAGUAUUAUUCCAAUGACUUGUUUGUUGCUGUUUUAUUUAAGAGUGUUGACUUCAACUGGCUUCAAGCAAUGGUAAAAAACGAAACCCUGCCAUUUUGGGUACGACUCUUCUUUUGGAAGCAGGUAGCAGAAAAAAUCCCAUUACAGCCAAAAAAUUUCAGGAUUUUGAAUCCAGUUAUUAUUAAAGAGACUGCGUUUGACAUCCUUCAAUAUUCAGAGCCUCAGUCAAGGUUCUGGGGCCGAGAUAAGAACGUGCCCACGAUUGGUGUCAUUGCUGUUGUCUUAGCCACACAUCUGUGUGAUGAAGUCAGUUUGGCAGGCUUUGGAUAUGACCUCAGUCAACCCAGAACACCUUUGCAUUACUUUGACAAUCUCUGCAUGGCUGCCAUGAACUUCCAGACCAUGCACAACGUGACCACGGAGACCCGGCUGCUCCUGCGGCUGGUCAAAGAGGGCGUGGUGAAGGACCUCAGCGGAGGCGUCCUCUGCGAGUUUUGAACACAGAAAACCUCACUUGGAAAUGCACCUCUGACUCAGCCCAGAGGGCUGUUUUUCAUAGCCUUCUUGAGGCAUUUCAGCCUGCAAAUACUUUGAAGUGCAGCUGGUGUUUUUAACUUCUAAUUUAAAAAAAAAGAACAACGGUUUAGGUCUUCCCACUUUUCCCCCCUAUUUAUUUGAGGUCAGUGUUUUUGCACAAUGUUUUAUAAGUUAAUUUUGAGAACUGAAUUGGAAAGACCUUUCGGAGAAUUGUAUGUGAUGAUGUUCUAUUGUAUAUUAAGAAAGUUAUUUAAUUUGUAAAACCUCUGCCUUUGUCUAGUGCACGUAGAAGACCAGGUAAUGAAGUGGAAGAAGGGAGGUCAGCCUUCAAAGAGAGCCCUGAAUGCCUGAUUCUGGCUCUUGUUACCCCACGUGGCAGGGCAGAUGUCGGGGGCAUUUUCAGAAUGGCAUGCCCCUGGUACUGGUUGGGCCGUGCUGCUGGGGAGGCCUGGGCUGGUUGGAGAAGUUCGAGGUUCCUCUCUGUCGGUCUGCCUCCUGCAAGCAACCUGCAGGAAUCAACCCCGGGAACCAUCCUGAAGGUUCCUGGUUGUGGAGAGACAGGGAGGACAUUUCCUGUGCCUUCUCAGUCCUGCAGAUCUGUCCUGGGCUGCAGAAGCCACUGUUAUCCCUGCAAUUAUGACAACUCUUGAAUUUCUUGUGAGUUCUUAACUGCCCUUCUAACGCACUUAAAUGGCAAUCUAAGGCAUUCCACUGUCUUUGCAAGGUGGCUUAUAAAAAUAGGACAAAACCCCUGUUAUCCAGAGUUGGUGAAGAAUGAAGCCUUUCCAAGAACAACCACACUUUCUGAAACAGUGAAAUGCAGUUCGCCCAGUGAUAUAACUUGCCCAUUUAAAA